GCGCAGUCUCUACCGGUCCCUACAGGGCAACACUCGCGUCUCUUCUCGUCUCACACCAGCUGAUCGGAUCAUGACAUAAACAGUUUCAAAUAAAGCAUAUUUUUGCAUAAACUUGUAAUUAUAUUAUAUAUAUAAUUGUAUAGAGUAGCAGUUGAGUGGUCAAUCGUGUUUUGUGCUUUAGCGGUCAAGUGCGGACACGAUGCCAGCGGAAAUCAAAACAGUUGUGAUACAUCGUAAAAUAACGCCGGAAUUAUCUCAGCACAUGCUAUCGGACAUCGAGAAGUUGCCGGGCGUGCAACUGGGGGACUUUCUGCUUCAAAUUGAGCUAGAUGAGCCCAGAGAGUCUGUCCGAGAGAUCGCCAGGAAGGAGCUGAGGGAGACGCCAGAGGUCGUGAAGCCAGCCGUUGACGAGUUGAGGCGGCUGCUGAAAGAGGACAAAGAUUUAUACGUGCCACUAGACAACGACGCGUGGUUGAUUCGGUUCCUGAGGCCAUGCAAGUUCUAUCCCGACAGUGCUCAUGAUUUGAUAAAACGUUAUUACGCCUUCAAGCUGAAGCAUCACAAGCAGUAUGACGGCCUGGUGCCCAGCAAGGAGACCAACAUCUUCAACCAGAACAUCCUCACAGUCCUGCCCACUAGGGACCAGCUUGGCCGUAGGGUGCUUGUCCUGGAGUUGGGAAAAAAAUGGAAACACAACAAAUGCUCGCUGGACGAGGUCUUCAAGGGCUGCGUGCUGUUCCUGGAGGCGGCCAUGUUGGAGCCCGAGACUCAGAUUUGCGGCGCUGUGGUCGUGUUCGAUAUGGAUGGUCUCUCACUGCAGCAGGUCUGGCAGUUUACACCACCCUUCGCUAAGAGAAUUGUCGACUGGCUGCAGGAAAGCAUACCCCUCCGAGUUAAGGGGCUAUACAUAGUGAACCAGCCAUACAUCUUCAACAUGGUGUUCCAACUGUUCAAGCCGUUCAUUCAGGAGAAGCUGCGGUCCCGUAUCAUCUUCAUCGGCAACGACCGCGACCUCCUGCACUCGUACGUGACGCCCAAGUGCCUGCCUGACUGCUACGGAGGCACCCUCAGCUUGCCCAGGGUUACUGGCGCACAGUGGUUGGAGCUCUUGCUAAUGUGCGACCAGGAAUUUAGUGCAAUUAAUUCGUAUGGUUACAAGAAGAAGUAAACAACCUGGAGGAAUUAGUGCAUGUGUGAUAUUUGUUGAAGCAUAUCGUGAUACACUGAUAGAUUAAGAAUAUUGAAAUGUCAAAAAUAGUUUUUUAACAUAUUAUUUUUGGUAAAAAUACAAUAUUAGGCAAAACGAAUGUACCUUUAUAACAUUAAAAUUUUGUUCGUUUAGCGUUUUGGAUAUCUUAAUUUAAAACUUACAAGCUGCGUAUAUAAUACCAAUCUAGGUCAAAAAAAUAUCAAAAUUUUACAGUUAUUUUAAUUUUUAGAUAAAGUAGGCCUGUGUUGCCAAUGCCUGUGUAAAAAUGUAAUAAUCUCUCAAACAUUCCAAAGUAUUGACAUUUUUUUUGUACGUGAAUCUAGUAUGUAUCUUGAAAUAGUCACUAUUGCAUUGUACAUAUGCACUCGUAAAUAGAGCAAAAUUGUAUAUUUUUAAGAAAUAUAUCUUUUAUUUUUUAAAUUAGUUUUAGAAAUUUGUAAAUCUUUUAGAGUAAUUGAAAAUAAUUCGUAGCUGGGGACUCAAUAUUUUUAAAGUAAUGUAGAAGUUUAGAAUUUAUAUCAACAAAUAGUUUUAGUUUAAAAUGGUACAAUUUUGAUAACAAGCGGUCUUGAGUGACAAAACAGACUUGUUGUUGGAGUAUUGUCUUAUAAUUUUUAAAGUGUAUAAAGUAAUUGCCCAAAUAUUAGAUCUGAUAAAUAUAAAUGAUCGGUUUAAAAAAAAUUCCUGGGAAGUUGGACACAACGAUGUAUAUUUUUAUCUACAUGCUUACAGAUAUUAUAUGUAAAAAAAUUAUAAAGGUUUUUUGUUUUAUUCAAAAUACUUAUAUAGAAAUGCAUUUCUCUUACUGUGGAUUCGAUGGUUAAGGCUGUGAUAUUGUCUAUUUCUUUAUUUUAUUUAUCAAAUGCCAUAUUAAUAAAAACAAGUUUUGUAAAUCGUUAGACAUAAAUGCGGACCAAAAUAUAAAUUAUUAAUUGCUAUCAGUGGAUAUUUUAGUACAAUAUUAUUAAAGCAGUUUUACCUGUACAACAGGAUUACUUACUUAAGUUUGAAAACAUCACAUUUUGGAAUUCAAAUUCUUGGAAAAUAUACUCAUAAAUGAUGUAUUAUAAAAGUAAGUGUAAUAAAUGAAAUUUAUUCAAGAUUGUGCGUAAGACAUUUUCAUGUUGAUAUUAAAAUAUACAUAUAUUUUUAUAAAUAAAAACAAAUGUUUAUAAAAAAA